CCUGGGCGACUAGGGGUUUUGAAUUCCCAAGCUGUCCUGUCUGUAUAUGUCGUUGGCAGGCUCACAGUCACCGCAAACAAAACAAAAACCACCUUGCGGCAUUAUCAACAAAACACACACACCUCAAAAUGCAGAAACACUUUUUGUAUAAAUAAUUAAAACACUCACUCUCUCAGACCCCUCCAAUUUUCUCAGGUAUAGGCAGAAACAAUUCUGAGCGAAUUGCAACUUUCGCAUGUUUAUCAAAGCCGCGUCGAAUUUCGACACUGUGAGAAUGGCAACCUGUUAUACGCCUUCCAAUGUUAGAAAUUCCGCGGGGGUGCUGGCUGUUGUUGGAGGGAGAAAAAUUUCUGAGAAUCACGGUAACAGAUCGUGCUUCUUCAGAAUUCAAGAGAACAAGUACGUCUUUGGGAAUCGAAAGUGUGGUUCGUUUCAUGUGAAGUGCUCUGCCAAUAAUCCCCACAGCAUCAGUCGCAAGGACCCUUUUUUGGAUCUGCACCCUGAGGUUUCAAUGCUUAGAGGAGAAGGAGGUAGUGCAUUGAACAACCCUAGGCCUAAAAAGGAUGUAACAAGUGGAAACGUGGUUGAGAGUUUAGAAGAUGCGACGACUCCGAGUAACUACAAUGAAGCUAAGAUCAAAGUCAUUGGUGUUGGUGGAGGCGGGUCAAAUGCGGUCAACCGCAUGAUAGAGAGCUCCAUGAAUGGUGUGGAGUUCUGGAUUGUCAAUACUGAUGUUCAAGCCAUGAGAAUGUCGCCGGUCACUCCUCAAAACCGGUUGCAAAUCGGUCAGGAGCUUACACGAGGACUUGGCGCCGGUGGUAACCCUGAGAUUGGUAUGAACGCUGCCAAGGAAAGCAAGGAAUCGAUACAGGAGGCAGUUUAUGGAGCUGAUAUGGUCUUUGUUACUGCUGGAAUGGGUGGAGGAACUGGCACUGGCGGAGCUCCAGUUAUUGCUGGUAUCACAAAGACAAUGGGUAUACUGACUGUUGGUAUUGUCACUACCCCUUUUUCAUUUGAAGGACGAAGAAGGGCAGUUCAAGCACAAGAAGGAAUUGCAGCCUUGAGAGAUAAUGUUGACACGCUGAUAGUUAUUCCAAAUGACAAACUUCUGACUGCAGUUUCUCAAUCUACCCCUGUGACUGAAGCAUUCAACCUUGCUGAUGAUAUUCUUCGACAAGGUGUUCGUGGUAUAUCUGAUAUUAUUACGAUACCAGGAUUGGUGAAUGUGGACUUUGCUGAUGUUCGAGCGAUAAUGGCCAAUGCAGGUUCUUCACUUAUGGGAAUAGGAACUGCAACUGGGAAAACAAGGGCAAGAGAUGCUGCAUUAAAUGCUAUCCAGUCACCUUUACUAGAUAUUGGUAUAGAAAGGGCUACUGGAAUUGUAUGGAACAUAACUGGUGGAAGUGAUUUGACGUUGUUUGAGGUAAAUGCUGCAGCAGAAGUUAUAUAUGACCUUGUGGACCCCACUGCUAAUUUAAUAUUUGGAGCAGUAAUAGAUCCAUCCCUCAGUGGUCAAGUAAGCAUAACAUUAAUUGCAACUGGAUUCAAGCGUCAAGAGGAAAGUGAAGGGAGGCCCAUACAGGCCAGUCAACUCACGCAAGGAGAUACCAUUGGUAUCAGUAGAAGAUCUUCCUCUUUCACCGAUGGCAGUUUUGUUGAGAUCCCUGAAUUCUUAAAGAAGAAGGGGCGCUCACGUUAUCCAAGAGCUUAAUACUCUUUUCCCCAACUUAUUUAAUCCCUUGCAUCUCCUUACCAAACAAUUUUUAGGGAUACAAAUCUCAUUAGUCUAGGUAUUAGAUCCCGUUUUGCCUUUUUUUUUCCCGCAUUUUUUGGUCCGUAUUGUGCAUAAUGAAAGCAAAGUACUUUCCAAACCGUUGUGUUUUGAGUUGAGGCUUGUUGGCAUAUUUUAAUAAGUUUAUUAGCUUGUAUUUUUGUACAGAGAAUAUAUCAGUAAUGGCCAUGGCUUGUUAGUGUUACCAUCCAUUAAAAACUGUGGUGUCAGUUUGUUCGGGUGUU